AUGAAGCACGUCCCUACAGUCAUUUUCUUCCUCUCCACUCUCCUCAUCGCCGUGUCCGUCGAGCCUCCUCCGCCGCCGCUUUUUCCCGAUGAAGCUUUGCCCACUAGAUCCGGCUACCUUCCGGUUAAACCCGCCCCAGGCUCCUCCAUGUUCUAUGCCUUCUACGAAGCCCAGAAGCCAACCACUCCUCUUGCCGACACUCCACUCCUCAUUUGGCUCCAAGGUGGGCCAGGCUGCUCUUCCAUGAUUGGCAACUUCUACGAGCUCGGCCCUUGGCGAGUGGUUUCACGCGCCACCGAACUCGAGCGCAACCCCGGUGCCUGGAACCGCCUCUUCGGGCUACUCUUUGUGGAUAACCCCAUAGGAGCCGGAUUUAGCAUCGCCGCUUCAGAACAAGACAUACCAAGAAAUCAGAGACAAGUGGCAGAGCACAUGUACGCAGCGCUGGAGGAGUUCAUUGAGCAGAACCCAGGUUUUGAGCACCGACCGGUCUACUUCACUGGCGAGAGCUACGCCGGGAAGUAUGUUCCGGCCAUUGGAUACUAUAUCCUAAAAGAGAAACCCAAUGGGAAGGUGAAUCUAAAGGGCCUGGCCAUUGGAAACGGGCUUACCGACCCGGUGAUCCAAAUCCGGACCCAUGCGGUCAACGUUUAUUACUCGGGUCUGGUCAACGCAAAACAGAGAGAGGAGCUGGAGAAAGCUCAAGAGAUGUGCGUGGCUCUCGUAAAGUCCCAGAAAUGGCGUGAAGCAACAGACGCAAGAACUGACCUGUUGACGCUACUGGCCAAUAUGACUGGACUCGCGACGCUCUACAACACGGCACGGACGAUUCCGUACAGGACGGACCUCGUGGUGGAGCUUCUGAACCAGAGAGAGGCGAAACAGGUUCUUGGAGUGAGCGAAACGAUGCGUUUUGAGGAUUGCAGUGAUGAAGUGGACGAUGUUCUAUGGGAGGACGUGAUGAAGAGCGUGAAGUUCAUGGUGGAGUAUGUGGUGGAAAGAACCAAGGUGUUGCUGUACCAAGGUAUGCUGGAUCUCAGAGACGGCGUCGUUUCUACGGAGGAGUGGAUGAAGACUAUGAAUUGGUCGGGGAUUGAGAUGUUCUUGACGGCAGAGAGGCGGGUUUGGAAGGACGGCGACGGCGAUGUCGCCGGGUAUGUCCAGAGGUGGAGGAAUUUAACCCACGUGGCGGUUGCGGAAGCUGGGCAUUUUGUUCCGACAGACAAAGCUGUUAAUUCAAGGGAUAUGAUCGAAGGAUGGGUUUUGGAAGAAGACCUGUUCGGUGAUGGAAAUGUAAAGCAGACAGUUUCGUUAAGCUUAAGAGAAUCUUCGUCAGAUAGAUUCCAGAACUUAGUAGAAGAUCAAUAA